AUGCGGUCGAUCUCUCUCAGUUGUGAGAUUCGGCCCAAGACCGUUUCUCCGUUAUUCACACACUGGUACGGUGUUUCCAACCGGGCAGUUUUGCACUCCUCUGACCAUCCACUGCCAGAUUCCGGCCUCUCUCCAGUCUUGUUAACCAGAGCUCGAUUGCUCGCCACCGAACAUGCCAAGUUAUCGGAGAGUCUUGUAGAAUCUUUCGAUACUAAAGUGGCAAAGCGAGCCGGUGAAUUGGCUCCGGUCGCGAAGGUUCUGAAGGAAUGGGAGAAUGCGAAUGAGUCUAUCGUUGAAUUGCUAUCCCUUCUGGAGGAUGUCGAAACCGAUGCCGAGUUACGCGCUCUCGCAACGGAGGAUCUGGAGAGCAGUCGAGAGGCUUUACCUACCAUAUCGGACCGAUUGAAGAAGUCGCUGAUCCCCAAGCACCCAUUUGCGGAUCUUCCCUGUUUGCUUGAAAUUCGUCCUGGUGCCGGAGGGGACGAGGCGGGCUUGUUCGCAUAUGAGCUGCUACGGAUGUACAUGACCUUCUGCUCUCGGAGGGGCCUUCGACCGGUGAUCUUGAAGCAGGAUGUCGAGGAUGGUCCCUCCGAGGAUCGCCUGAGUGAGGCAGUAAUUGAAAUCGAAGCCGAAGGUGCCUACAAUCUUUUGAGAACAGAGUCAGGUGUGCACCGCGUCCAAAGGGUACCGGCAACCGAAACUAAGGGUCGUACUCACACCAGCGCCGUCAGCGUGAUGGUCCUGCCCAGCUUCCCAGAAAGUGGAAGCGGCAUGGACAAUGCCUUGAACUUCGAGGACCCAAAUAGUGACUACUAUAUCGAUCCGCAAGAGGUGCGUGUCGAGAAGAUGAGGGCCGGAGGCGCAGGAGGACAGCAUGUGAACAAAACCGAGUCCGCCAUUCGGUUGACACACACUCCCACGGGCACAGUGGUUUCCAUGCAGGAUGAGCGGUCCCAGCAGGCGAAUCGCCGGAAAGCCUGGCAAGUGCUGAGGGCCAAAAUAGCGGAGGCUCGCCAAGAAGCCCGAGAACAAGAGUUGGUUCAACUCCGGCGCGGUGUAUUGGGUGGAGUGGCUCGUAUGGGCCGCGGUGACAAGAUUCGAACAUACAACUACGGCCAAAGUCGCUGCACAGAUCAUCGAACUGGUAUUACGAUUCACAACCUAGACGACGUCCUUGAAGGUGGCGAUGGACUCGAGACAGUAAUGGAGAGUGUGCGCAACUGGAUGGCUGACCGUGAGGUCGAAGCUAUGGUGGCCGAUGAGCUCGCAAAGCAAAAAUAG